CAGGGGGCGGCGGGUUCGUUAAUAUGUGAGUUCCCGGAUGAAUAUCCCACAAAGCAUCGCUGUUUCCGGAAAGGUACGCUUUGUACAGACCAGACAUUUCGGAGGCAAAUUUCUCCAAAAAGUCACGUUUUACAGCCCAGUGACAAGAGUCGACUGUCAGGCGAUGGCUGCCCACAUGCACCCUGUCACUCCGCAGGAGGAGGAAGUGCCACGCGCCAGGAUGGCAUAUUCCUCUGACAAGCACCCCAGGCAAACGUUAGAGGCCAUCAACUCCCUACGCAAGCGACGGGAGCUCUGCGACGUGGUGUUGAUCGUCGGCGACCGUAGGAUCUAUGCCCACCGCGUCAUCCUCGCCGCCUGUAGCCCUUACUUCCACGCCAUGUUCACGGGGGAGUUGGCGGAAAGUCGACAGACUGAAGUGAUCAUUCGGGACAUUGACGAGCGGGCCAUGGAGCUGCUGAUAGACUUUGCGUACACGUCCCAGAUCACAGUGGAGGAGAGCAAUGUCCAGACGCUCCUGCCCGCAGCAUGCCUGCUGCAACUGCAGGAGAUUCAGGAGGUCUGCUGCGAGUUUCUGAAAAGACAAUUGGACCCAUCAAACUGUCUGGGCAUCAGAGCCUUCGCGGACACUCAUGCGUGUAGAGAACUCUUAAGAGUGGCAGAUAAGUUUACACAACACAAUUUCCAAGAGGUAAUGGAAAGUGAAGAGUUCAUGCUGCUGCCAGCCAAUCAGUUGAUAGAUAUCAUCUCCAGCGAUGAGCUGAAUGUCCGUAGUGAGGAACAGGUCUAUAAUGCUGUCAUGUCAUGGGUCAGAUACAACCUGCCAGAGAGAAGAAAUCAGUUACCUAUGGUGUUACAACAUGUGAGACUGCCUCUCCUAAGCCCCAAGUUUUUAGUAGGAACUGUUGGUGCAGACCUUCUUGUAAAAAGCGAUGAGACUUGCCGAGACCUCGUAGACGAAGCCAAGAACUACCUGUUGUUGCCCCAAGAGAGACCGUUGAUGCAAGGACCAAGGACACGCCCACGCAAACCUAUCCGCUGUGGGGAGGUGCUCUUUGCAGAAACUGUCCUUGCAGUGGGCGGCUGGUGCAGCGGGGACGCCAUCUCCAGCGUGGAGCGGUACGACCCCCAGACCCACGAGUGGCGCAUGGUGGCGUCCAUGAGCAAGCGGAGGUGUGGCGUCGGCGUGGCAGUGCUGGAUGAUCUGCUGUACGCUGUGGGCGGCCAUGAUGGAUCAUCCUACCUCAACAGUAUUGAGAGGUACGACCCUCAGACAAACCAGUGGUCGAGUGACGUGGCGCCGACGAGCACGUGCCGCACCAGCGUGGGUGUGGCGGUGUUGGACGGAUAUCUGUACGCUGUGGGGGGACAGGACGGGGUCAGCUGUCUCAACAUUGUAGAGAGGUAUGAACCACAGUCCAACCGGUGGACCAAGGUAGCAUCUAUGAGUACACGGAGACUGGGAGUGGCCGUGGCAGUGUUGGGAGGGUACCUGUAUGCUGUGGGAGGAUCAGAUGGGACAUCACCCCUCAACUCAGUUGAAAGAUAUGACCCCAGAACCAACAGGUGGUACCCUAUAGCGCCCAUGGGCACGAGACGGAAACACCUGGGCUGUUCUGUCUACAACGAUAAGCUGUACGCUGUCGGGGGACGGGAUGACGCAACAGAGUUGAGCAGCGCCGAGUGUUACGAUCCCAGGAUGAACGCGUGGAGUCCUGUCGUGGCUAUGAGCUCACGAAGAAGUGGGGUCGGACUAGCAGUUGUAAAUGGUCAACUACUUGCAGUGGGAGGCUUUGACGGAACCACGUACCUAAAAACGAUAGAAAUAUACGACCCUGACGCGAACACGUGGCGGAUGUACGGCGGGAUGAACUAUCGCAGACUAGGAGGGGGAGUCGGGGUAGUGAAGAUGCCACAGUGCGAGUCCCACCUCUGGUGACCCACAGAGACCAGUGUUCCCUCCAAACUCAACAAGCCUGACCACCCCUGCAAACAGAGUCUAGUAGUCCAGAUGAAGCACUGGUCAUGUUGAAGGAAGAAAACUCUCUAACUGCCCUGCUUGCAAACCUGUACAAAUCUGGUGCUAAAAGACUACCAAGGCUAACCUUUCUGGUGUAAGUUCAUUCAUGCACCAAAAUUGUAUUCAGACUACUAACUUGGUCCCAAGGUAGUCAGGUGGUUCUAAUCUAAAAUUUUGCUUUACAAAAGGCUUGUGUAAACUGAUAAGGAUAGGGAUGACAGGCUAGAGUUUGAGGGGAAUUUCACUGGUCAAACCGUGAUUAAUCUGUAUUAUUUGUGUAAAGUUUUGUACAGUAUUACUGUGAAUAGCCUGGCAUAGCCAUGCUGUUGAAUUGAGGAAUUGAUGUGAAGUAUCUUGUAAGUGAUAGUAUGAAGUAGCCACCUUAUUUAAUAAGUGUACAGCUCCUGCUAAGAAUUGCUGCACUGCAUUAGACAAGCAUUUUAUUUUAUUUUAUCUUAUUUUGUUUUUAAUUUUUCAAAAGUUAUUUUUGGUUAUUUUUUUUUAAGUCAAAGGUAGCAGAGAGUUGUCUGUAUGGUAAGUAGUAUUAGUAUGCUGUCUGACAGAAUACAAGAUUAAUUUUUCCAUUGUCUUUAUUUUUCACUCAGUCUAAGUCUAGUCCUACAUUUUAUUGUAUUGGAAAAGACACUAAACCAAUAGCCUUGUUUGGAAGGAAAUUUGGAAAUCCAAUAAGCCAUUUUGUACAGCACAAUCAAGUUGACAACGAGAAUUGAUUUUCUAUGGAAGAGACAUGAAAUACAGCUUGCUCAGUUCCAGGCCCACCUAAGGGCAAAGAAAGGAAGUUGCCAACUAACUGAGUGAAUGGCUUUUGCAGUGGGACAAUGCAUGUUGUAAGAUUGGUAUAUUUUCUAUAUCUUUAAUCAUUGGGUGUAACCUCUAGUAUGCUGCAGUUAAGUGUAACCACUAUCUUGUUAAUUUUGAUGGAUAGAUUGGAUCUAUUCUAUAUUACUCUAUUGUGCAACAAGAGACAUCUGGGCAUUUUGUUAUUUGCAUAAAUUGCAUAUUGCAGAUCUAAGUUAAAUUUGCAUGACACCUUAGUGAGACAUGUAUUUGAUGAUACACAUGUGCAAGAAGUGAUGGAGUGAUAUCAACAGCAUUUUCACCUGGCAUAUUUGGCAGCUGUAGUGAGCGUCAGUCACACAAACACACUCAUACCACUUUGUAUUUUAUGAACGCCUUUUUUGUCAUAAUCGUUAGCACCAGUGUGACACCAUAGCAAUUGAUAAUUGUAUAGGAUUACAUACAAAGUGUCACAUAUCAUUGUUUGACUGUGUUUGUUAAAACACUACUGACCUGUAAAUACAAGUUCCAAUAUGAGCCAACAGAAUGCCAACUUUUCUACCAUCUACGCUAAAAAGUAGUUACUGAAGCAACUGGAUAUGGUUUUGGAAUCCAGUUGCUUAACUACUUUUUGGUGUAUCUUAUUACCUGGAUGUCUAACAUACAUCUGCGUUUUCUACUAUCUACUUGUACAAUACCACUGCUAGUAUAAUACUUUCUGAUGAAUAAUUGUGUGUACAGGGUAAGAUGAUGUGUCUGUAAGGCUUAUGUACAUGUAUGACCCUCAGCAUGGCUCCUGCAUUUCUACAUUUUCUACACCAGUAGGCAAGACUGGAUUUCCACAUUUGCUCAUGGCAGAAUGAUUUAGAUGACAAACUGUAUGUAUCUGUCCAUCAAAUUAAAAUAAACUUACAUCAACUAA